AUGGCUUCUCGGAAGCAAUACGUUCUCGGUGAUUUCGUUCGAUUUGCGGAAGGCAGGUUCCCGAGCGAUUACAAAGCGAUCGCGGACCUCAACGCAUACAAAUUCAAAAGAAAAAUCUUCAUCGACGCGAACGGCCGCGCCCAGCGCGCUGAGAUGCUACUUGUUGGCCACUACGCGCGGCGAAGCGGAGGGCCGUCGGUAUGGGCGCUGGCAACUGGCUAUUGCGUGCGAUACUACCGCGGCGAGACAACGAAGGUCGCACCACUCACGCAAGACAUACACACUUCCAAGAUCUAUUACGAUCCGCCGCUCAAGUAUAUGGGUGGCUACAAGGCGUCGUCGGACCCACGGCCGAACGGCAUGUCGCCAGCUCGCAGAGUUGAGAGAGAUGUCGUCGAAGCGGCUAUUCAUUUCCUCUUCCUACUGAGCAACCGCUUAGAGACAACGUUCAACCUGCCUAACCCAAAACUGCUCUCGAACUUUAGGACGGCAUGCCGGAACUAUGCG